UUCAUAAUUCAUUAAACAUAACGAUCAUCACGAUUCACGAAGGAGUCACUGAAAGCGAAUGAGCACCGGAGAAACAGCAGAAGCUCGGCCACUCCACCACCUCAUCGGCCUAAUCAAAGCUUCCAGUGAUCCCGUCACCGCCCUCGACCACCUCGACUCGAUCACCGCUCAAUACCCAAGUUUCACUCCGUCCCAAUCCCUUCUCUUCUCCCUCCUCGGUCGCCUCUCCGCCUCCGCCCCUGCCCACCUCCCUCGUUUCCUCUCCCUCCUCUGCAGCUUCCCACGCCGCCCACGCUUCUCGGAGACCGCCGCACUCGUCGCCCUCAAGGCCCUCUCCCGCGCUAACCGGCCAGACGACGCCCUUCGCACUUUCCAGAACCUCCCGGAGAUAUUCGGCUGCAAGCCCGGCGCUCGCUCCCACAACGCUCUCCUUGACGCCUUCGUGCGCGCUUGCCGCUGGGACGAAGCCGAGUCCUUCUUCUCAUACUUCCACACCACCGCGCGCGUCUCCCCCAAUCUACAAACCUACAACAUUCUCAUCCGGGCUCUCUGCACCCGUGGUCGCGUCGACCGUGCCGUUGAACUCGUGAAGAACAUCUGGGAUCACGACCUCGAGCCGAAUCAAGUCACCUACAGCACUGUGAUCUUCGGGCUUGUCAAAUCAGGGGAUUUGGGGCGUGCCUUUGAGCUGUUUGAUGAAAUGUCUGAGAGAAAUGUGGAGCCUGAUGUGGUUUGUUACAAUGUGCUCAUUGACGGUGCACUGAAAAUGGGAGACUUUAAGAAAGGAAUGGAGAUGUGGGAAAGAUUAAUUCAGGAUGACAGUGUCCGCCCAAACAUCGGCACAUACAAUGCCGUGCUCAAAGGGUUCUGCAAGAUAGGGAGGUUUGACAAGGUUUUGGAGAUGUGGAAUCGGAUGGCCAUGAAUGGAUUGCGUCCCGAUUUAUUCACUUAUGGAAUUCUUAUUCAUGGGCUGUGUGAGGCUGGCAAUGUGGAUGGAGCUUCUCGGGUUUGCGCAGAGAUAAUUAAGUCCGGGUUUGUUCUUGAUGUCAUCACUUGUAAUUCUUUGCUUAAUGGAUUCUGCAAAUCGAAGAGGAUGGCGGAGUCUUUGAAGCUCUGGGAGUUGAUGGGAAAGGAAAGCGUGCGCAAUGUUGUUAGCUACAACAUACUGAUCAGGGGAUUGUUGGAGAACAGCAUGGUUGAUGAAGCAAUGUCUGUUUGGGAGGAGUUGAUGAAAGACCAUGAUGCUUGCUGUCCAGAUGCAGUAACUUACGGUGUUCUCAUCCAUGGAUUGUGCGAGAGAGGUUUUAUCAGCAAGGCUUUGCAGGUCUUUAAUGAAGCUCUAGAAGUUAGGAAGGAUGUUUUGGAUGUCUAUGCUUAUUCCUCAAUGAUGAACGGUUUGUGCAAAUCUCAGAGGUUGAAAGAAGCGGUUGGCAUUUAUGAUCAAAUGAUCAGAAAUGGUUGUCAGCCAAACACUCAUGCUUACAAUGCACUGAUGAAUGGUUUCUGCCAAGCUCUCAAAAUGGCAGAAGCUAUUCAAAUUUUCGAUGAAAUGUUAGCCAAUGACUGCCCUCCUAACAUUGUUACAUACAAUACUCUCAUUAAUGGAUUGUGUAGAGUGGAGAGGUAUGAGCAGGCUUUUGGUUUUGCCAAAGAGAUGGUGGAGAAAGGUCUGAUGCUGGACAUGGUGACAUACAGCUCUUUGAUAGAUGGUCUCUGUAGAGACAAAAAGAUUGGUGCUGCUCUGGAUAUUUGGAACCGAAUUCUCGGUGGGCACGGAGCUGAUGUUGUCAUCUAUAACAUUCUGAUCCAUGGUCUCUGUUCUGCAGGGAAAGCACAAGAAGCUUUGCAUGUUACCAAGGAAAUGAGACUGAAGAACUGCCUGCCAAAUGUAGUGACAUACAACACGCUUGUGGAUGGAUUUUAUGAGGCAGGUGACUGUAGCAAGGCUUCAAGUUUAUGGGAUGAGAUGUUAGAAGCUGGGGUGGAACCGGACAUCAUCUCGUAUAACAUUAAAGUUCAAGGGUCUUUGCUCCUUUAGCAGGGCCGCUGAAGCAGUACAGCUGUUGGAUGUUGUCUUGAAACAUGGUAUUAUUCCUACUGUCAUUACCUGGAACAUACUAACCAGAGCAGUCAUCAGUACUGAUAAUAGCAUCAAUACUGAAGCUAUCACAACAUGAUUUCCUUGAAAAUUCAGUGGAGCGACGAGCAUGUACGAGAUGUUCUUAAGACUUACUCAAAACUAACCCAGCCCGAGAACCAAUACUUAAAAUCACCAAUCUGAAGGUCCUGCAUGAUGUCGCGCAGACAAUGGUCUGCAGAGUUUGAUUCAAGUUUUCCCAUUUCUCAUGGUCAUGAUAAACUUAUGGUAAUUGGCGACUUGUGGCUCACCUAAGUUUAGUCAGGGAAUUGAUGUAUUGUAAAGUAACAUAUUGUAUUGACCAUUAUAAAAUAACUGGAUUAAUUUGCUGUGGCAAAUUACAACCACCAUAAAAAGGUUGGGAAUCAUGGGAUUCCCCCCAACACCAUAAUCAGCACUCUUGUAAUGUUGACCUUAAUAUGUUGUUCUCAUUUUCAUUAGUACCAAAAAUGCAUACUAUU